UGAAUGUGGACUUGGACCUCGACUCCAAAGGCCUGGAUGCUGCUAUUUGUUUACAAUUUGAUUCAUCGUAGCAAUCUGACCAGAUUCGUUUUUUCUUCGCCUGAUAUCCGUUCCGGCAUGUGCCUAUCACGGGUGCGGCGCUUUAGUGUGGGUAUAGUGGAUAAAAGCACCACAGUUGCUUAAAAUGAUGAGGCUGGAAAGUAUAGCAGGCAUCUCUCUAACCUCCAGUGUCACUAGACACUCCAGAUUUCAUAAUGUAAUAUUCUCUUUUGAGCCCCAUAACUCUUUCUGACCUGAAAAAUGGACCGGCGCUGGCGGUGGCAACACCUUAUAUCAUGUGCUGUUGUGUUUUGCCUUGUGGAAGCUUCUUCAGGCUCCUACAGUCUUGUACUGAGCAACGGCACAAACCUGUUCUCUUAUCCAAGCACCAAAUUUGAAGGGAAUUUACAAGUGGUACCAGAUGUGAAUGUAGAUUUAAGCCUGGACAAAAUAAAAGAAGAAGUCUCUCCGAGUUCUAUUGAUGGAUUGUUGUUGCAAGAUGUAGCUCCUAACAUUGCAUCUUGCUUAAGAGAUGUGUGCAAUAAAGAAUUAGGAGUUCUUGUGUUGCAAGAAAUAUAUGACAACCUUGAGUUUGAACCUACUAAGAGUACUGAUGAAAAGAGAGUCGAAAAUAUUGCAUCAAGUAUUGAUCGAAAAUUGCAAGAGAACUUGAACCUGUUGUCAAAGACUCGCAGUGCGGUUGAAAAUGCCAUUCAUGAGCGAGUAAUGGGCCCUACACAGUUGCCCUCUGCAGCACACCCAUGUUUCAGGAACUCAAUAAGAGAUGAAUACUAUGAUGUUCGAUAUACCAGACCAAUCAGGAGGCUUGGUCAUCCUGGCCCCCGACAUGGAUUCAACCUGACUAGUGUUUUUGUUCAAAACUCAAGACUGGCUCCAUCAUUAAAAUUACAAUAUCUCAUGGCUGGUACUGGAUUCUCUAGCAGCAGUGAUCACCUUCUCCAAGAUAUGCCUUGUAAUACAUUUGAUGAAACUCGCUUAAGGAGUAUUUUCUUGGCUACCACUUCUCCAGAUACUAAAAGAGUUAUCAUCAUGAUUGAUUAUGGGCGGUCAGUCAGUGUCACCCAGUUAGAGCUAGCCAAGGUCCUUGCUCGCAGUGUCAUAGAGACUCUUUCUCAUCAUGACCAUGUGGGAUUAAUUGGGUUGGCGGAAGAUGCUCUUCUUCCAAUGAAUGAUGGAUGUACUCAGCACUCACUUCCUCUGGCCACUCAUGAAACAAAGUAUCACUUGCUUCGCUAUAUUGAUGGUUUGACAAGAUCCAAGGGACCAACAAAUCAUUCUCUUGGAUUCAAAAAUGUAUUUGAAAUUAUUGCCAACUCUGUACCCUCUAAUGCCACUGCUCCAAUCCUGGUUGUGUACCUCAGCCGAGGACUCCUGUCCUCUUUGACUGAAUUAAAGACUGUCCUUCAAACUAUAGCAGAAGGAAGGGAGGCCACACCUCAUGAUGUCAUUAUUAACACCUGUGCGCUUAUUGAUGAUGGAAAACCUUUGAUGUUGGAGAAGCAUUUUCUGCAGGACGUUGCUAGCCAAAAUUUCAGCAAGUAUAAUAUUUCAAUUUUAAGGGAUACGAGAAUUUCUCCCGGUAUUCUAGUGUCUGCUAAUACCACUUCAAAUCUUGGUCCAAUGGUCGGACAACUUCUCUCUGGUUUACCAGUUUCAGGGCACAAGACUGCCCCCUUAUUUUUCCUUCCAGAUUUUGAUUCAGUUAGCAAAGCAAUGGUACUAAGUAUUGCUCAACCAUGUGAGGUUUCUGGACGUAUUGUUGGUGUUGUUGGAAUAGAUUUAUCUCUUAGUGAGGUUGUUGAAAAUAUUACUUACUUCAACACAUAUGCAAAAUCAUAUUCUUUUUUCAUCAACAAAGAGGGAUACACUUUAAUGCAUCCAUCACUAUCCAGACCAACGUUUUCCUAUGAGCAGCCAAUGGCUACAGAUAUCAAAUACCUUGAAAAUAAACCUGGCUUUGAUUCAGUGCGGGAAAAAAUCCUUAAUGAAACUAAUGGCAAUAAAAUUAUAAAAACAGAAAUUUCUUCUCAAGGACAUCUUGUUUCUAUCUCUUAUUCUUAUACUUGGAGACAUCUGAAAUCUGGUCCAUACAUUGCUGUUUUGGUAUCUGUGCAUCAAGAGACUGGUCAGCAACCAUCACACCUGCAGUCUGUACCCUUACACCAUGAUAUGAACAUUGUGUACCACAAGUUUCAACAUAUGGACAAAUACUCAAUGUGUAGACACUUAAGGCUCCCAUCUUCUUUUGAUGUAGGUUCUGUUUUUCUCUCGGCCUCUUGUUUUCAAUCACCAUAUAACUAUUUAGAAGGGACUAACUCUCAGUCAUCCCAAAUGAUUGAAAGUUACAUGGCCUACCUCCAUGAUCAGUCACGAGUGCUAGCCAAUCCUGGUUUGAAACCUGGUGUCAGGGAUGAUGUAGGUGCUGUGUCAGGUGUUGUUCAGCACUGGAAACAGCAACAGCUGAGAGGAAAACUGAGAAAAUACACAGUUCGUCGUUAUGUUGCAACUCCUAGUGGUGUACUUGUUUCCUAUCCUAGUUCUCCAAUUGAGGACAGUUUUGAUCCAACUCGUCGUCAUUGGUACACUCGAGCCAUGGAAUUCCCAGGACGGGUAGUUCUAACUGCACCUUAUCUAGAUGUUGGAGGUGCGGGUUACAUUGUCACUCUCAGUCAUACUAUAUUUGAGGGACGGCCAGCUGCGCUACACAGUUCAAAUGACGCAGUUGUGGCUGUUAUUGGAGUUGAUUUUACUAUGGGCUAUCUGUACAAACUUUUGCUUGACACUAUGCCAUUUUGUGAAGAAAGGAACAUCAAGUGUUUUUUGAUGGAUGACAAGGGUUACCUAAUUGCCCACCCAAGUUUGACUGAGACUAGUGGAAGGCAACCUUUAGAACAACAGCACAUCACUCACAAGGAAUCAUUGUUAGCCCAUGACAUUCUCAGCCAUAAGGGCUUUGUGACAAAGAGAGUAUGUAAUAACUUCUCUGACCGCACUAUGCAACGCUUCUAUCAGUUUAAUACUAGCGUUUCAGGAAUCUUGACAAAUUUAGUUCAUGGAGAGCACUGCGUUCAGUACCAGGUCAUAGCCCUGUCAGGCACAAAUGUGUUCCUCGGAGUGGUCAAUCAGACAUGUGAUGUCACUACUGCUUUUUGUCCCUGCAGCACUGAGGACAGAAACUGUCUGAACUGUGCCCGUGUGGAGCAAACAGAAUGUGAAUGCCCUUGUGAGUGUCCACUGGGAAUUAAUUACUGUACGGGUGACUUGCAGGCAGCUGAGGCUAGCAAUCCCAGCUGCUCUAAUUUCCCAGAAACUCAACGUCCUCCUGUGUAUGUUUCUACCUCUGUUAGCAACAUGCCAAUCUGCUCCUCAGUCAAUGUCAAUUGUGAAUCUUUUCAGUCUCACAGUGAAUGUCGAGGUGUCCUUGGUUGUGAGUGGUGUCAACUCAGCAGUGAUGGUGAGACACCUUUAGAAGUCCCCUUUUGCACUCAAUUUCUCAAGUGCUUUAAUGGUGUAAGGAAUGCAGGAACACCAUAUGGGGAAAGCUCCUCAAGUUUACGGCCAUCUGGGUCUGGAAUGUUACCAAGCACUCCAACUAUGGGACCUGUGGCUGGAGGUACUCUAGGCUUUUUCCUAGGAUUAGCUUUUGUACUGAUGCUAUAUUGCUAUCGCCAGCAUAGCAAUGGGACCCAGGCUCAUGGACUGGCACAUGCCUACCUCAGCUCAGGGCCUGAUACAGGAGUUCGCAUGUCACAAUUAGAUAAUGAGCCAGAUGAUGCAGAUAUUUUAGAUAGUGCUAUUAAGGGCCACAGCAACCAAAUUUUACAUAUCGAUGGUAUCACUCCUAUUUCACCAUAUCGAGUAAACACUGGGUAUAAGAGACCUGCUGGAGGUGACAGUGAUCAUGGUUAUUCUACCAUGACUCCUCAUGACGAUUCUGAAACUCUAGCUUCAGCAGAACCUCUCAUUUUAGGAGCUUGUUCACCAUCAAAGCGCUCUGUAUCACACCUUAUGUCUCAGUCAAUCUCCCCUAAUGCUACAUCUGAUAGCCCACCUCAAACUUCUUUAAUGCUGUCACAUCAAGUUUUAGCUCCAGUGACAGUUCAUAUGGUUGAUAUUUAAUUUUUAUUGUCUUUUUGCAUCUUGUAUCUGUCUAUACCUUAAUUACUGUUGUCCUCACAUCUUCCAUUUUUUUGAGCUAGGUAUUAUCUGCAUUUUCCUACAGCUGAACUUUUUGUAGGUGUAUUGGCACAACUUUUUGGUUACUCCAUUUUUUAAAUAAGUGCUUGCUAUUUUAACGCUGGUAGUUACUUGGUAUGGCCUUUAGCCACAAUUAAUUACUGAGUAUUUUAAUUGUGUAUUUAUUGUACAGUUUUAACUUUGUUUUUCCAUUAUUUGAUGGACUUUUAAUAACAUGCCAAUAAUAUAAUGUACCUGACUACUUCCAUAUAAUAAUUUUAAGAUAACUUGAGACUGAUCAAGACUGCAUGUCUUCAAUACAGUAUUUCCUUUAGUGUUUUGUAAAAACUACCAGCAAACUUGGUCAAUUUAAUUUUUUCUUUGUCAUAAAGUAGGUCUAAAUAAAAAAAGGACCAUAAUCUA